GAGGCGAGCGGCGCUGAGCGGCGUCCCGGCGAGGCGAGGCGAGCGGCGCUGAGCGGCGUCCCGUCGAAGCGAGGCGAGCGGCGCUGAGCGGCGCGCAGUCGUGUCCGGCCGAACUAAGGCGACUGGAACCGCGCAGAGCCGAACCGUGAGCCCCGGGACCGCCCGCGCUGCCUCAUGGCUGCCAAAAAACUGAUCGUGGUGUUCGGGGCAACCGGAGCUCAGGGGGGCUCCGUGGCCCAGGCCCUGCUGGAAGAUGGGACCUUCAGGGUCCGGGCAGUAACGAGGAGCCCCAUGAAGGAGGAGGCCAAGGCGCUGAAGCAGAAGGGAGCGGAGGUGGUGAAGGCAGAUCAGGAUGACAUCCCAUCGCUGGAGCUGGCCUUGGCAGGUGCUUAUGGAGCCUUCAUUCUAACCAACUUCUGGGAGCACUGCAGCAAAGAGAAGGAAAUCACACAGGGGAAGUGUCUUGCCGACCUGUCAAAGCGCCUGGGUCUGCACCAUGUUGUGUACAGCGGCCUGGAGAACGUGAAGCAGCUGACAGGGGGCAAGCUGGAGGUGCCCCACUUUGAUGGCAAAGGUGAGGUGCAGGAAUACUUCCAGAAGAUUGGCGUUCCCACCACGACCAUCCGACUGCCCUUCUACUUUGAGAACUUCCUCUCAUUCUUCAAGCCGCAGAAGGCUGCUCAGGGAGAUACUUUUGUCCUAGCACUGCCCACGGGGGACGUCCCCAUGGAUGGGAUGUCGGUGAAGGACCUUGGGCCCAUUGUGCUUUCCCUGCUGAAGGCCCCAGAGCAGUACGUAGGCCAGGUGAUCGGGCUGAGCACCGGCAAGCUCACCGCGGCACAGUACGCCGCAGUCCUCUCCCAGCACACGGGCAAGACGGUGGAAGCCAGCAAGGUGUCACCAGAGGAGUAUGCAAGCCCUGACUGCCCAGGGAGCAAUGAGCUGAGCGCCAUGUUCCGCUUCUAUGCUCUGAAGCCAGACCGCAACGUGGCCCUGACCAUGAAACUCAACCCCAAGGCCCGCACCUUCUCCCAGUGGGUGGUGGACAACAAGGCUGCCCUCUGAGCCUCCCCUCCCUCUUCCUCCCAAGCCUCUGCUGCACCCAGCAAAUCAGGAAGGGCAAGCCUAGAGCAGCUCCUGCUUUCCCUGGUCGGGCUGGUGGGACCUGCACAGAAGCACUAACAGCAGCAGAGGCUGCAGGAACCACAAACACACUCACUGGCUGGAAGGAGCCAGCCACUUCUAUCUCACACAUGUAUCUUUGACCAAUCCUUUAUGCUAUGGGUGUUGUACUAAGGUAAUAAAAGACUUUGUCCCAAA